AGCCGUGACGUCACGAGUCCAAAAAUUGCUAUUUUAGGAAACUACGGGGAAAUGAACGAUACUCGUUCCAUUUCUAAACAUUUCUUCUUAUUUUGCUGAAAACUACGAUGGGAUUGUUUGGACAAACCCCGCAGAAAGCACCAAAAGAACAGGUACAAGAAUGGUGCAGAGGUUUGAGGAAAGAAGGUCGUGCUCUUGACAGACAAAUCAGAGCCAUUCAAAGAGAGGAAGAAAAAGCUAAAAGGUCUCUCAAUGACGCUGCAAAGAAAGGGCACAAGGAUGUUUGUACAAUAUUGGCCAAAGAAAUUAUAAGAUCUAGAAAAGCUGUCAACAAAAUAUAUUCCUCUAAAGCACAGUUGAACUCUGUAGAGAUGAGCAUGAAGAACCAGUUGGCUACAUUGCGAAUGGCUGGUUCCCUAGAAAAGAGUAGUGAGGUGAUGAAAUAUAUGCAGCAACUGGUGAAAGUGCCAGAGAUACAGGCCACAAUGAAUGAAAUGUCUAAAGAAAUGAUGAAGGCUGGUAUAAUUGAAGAGAUGUUAGAAGACACAUUUGAAGUAUUAGAAGAUGAUGAUCUGGAGGAGGCUGCUCAGGAAGAAGUUGAUAAAAUUCUCUUUGAAGUAACAAAAGGUACCCUUGGCCAAGCUGGGCAUGUCUCAGAUACACUACCGGGAGAACAGGAAGGGGCAGCAGCGAUGGUUCCAUCAGAUGAUGAAGGUGAAAUGGAGGACAUGAAGGCUCGACUGGAGGCUUUGCGAAGUUAAAUAACUGCACAAGAGAUUCUAUGUAAACCCUGGAGCUGGGUUGAAAUAACUAGAAAAACUAGCAUCUCAGAUUUUUUGUACGUUUUUUUAGCAUUAUCUUGCCUUUUCUUUUCCUUCUCUCUAUCUAAGCUCUACUCCAUUAAAGAGAAGUCUCGGACACAUUGCAACUGAAUGGCACAAAAUAGCCAACCAGGUUUUAAGUUAAACUAGUUACAUUUAUUUUUUUUAAGAACAAGAAAGGCGACGAGCUUUUCGCUUCGUAGCAGUGAAAAAGUUAAGAUUUAAAUCCGUAGAGCACUAUGGAGCAGUAAGUUGCAUUUGCUAAGGUAGCAGUGAAAACUGGAGUACAAAGUAAACGAGUAAGGGUAAUAAAUGAAGUUGAUUUUUCUCUC